AUCAUCAUCGUAAAUACUGUUUGUCGUUUGACAGGAAAAAAAUUUUGUGAACACAAUUGUGACAGACAUUAUUUAUUUAAUAAUAUAUCAAAUAAAUAACAAUAUAAAUUUCAUUGGAAAAUAAGGAAGAUGAAUAUCACUUCAGCAGCCGGUGUCAUCUCCCUUUUGGAUGAGCAGUCACCCGAUUUAAAGGGUUUUGCUUUAAAAAAAUUAGACACUAUUGUUGAUGAAUUUUGGCCUGAAAUAUCAGAGUCAAUUGAAAAAAUUGAAAUUCUUCAUGAAGACAAAGGCUUUACUGAUCAUGAACUUGCUGCAUUGGUGGCAAGUAAAGUAUACUAUCAUCUUGGUAGUUUUGAGGAUUCAUUGCCUUAUGCACUUGGUGCUGGUGAAUUAUUUGAUGUUAACCAACACAAUGAAUAUGUCAAUACAAUAAUUGCAAAAUGCAUUGAUUUUUAUACUCAACAACGUAUUGCUGAAGUUGAGGGUAAAGUACAACCAGGACAAACAAUUGAUCCAAGAUUAGAAGGUAUUGUUAAUCGUAUGUUUCAACGUUGUCUUGAUGAUGGACAAUAUCGUCAAGCUCUUGGUCUUGCACUUGAAACAAGAAGAAUGGAUAUAUUUGAAGCAUCAAUAAUGCAAUCAGAUGAUGUUGCUGGUAUGUUAUCAUAUGCAUUUCAAGUUGCAAUGAGUUUAAUACAAAAUCGUGGUUUUCGUAAUGAAGUAUUACGUUGUCUUGUUAGUCUUUAUCGUAAUUUAGGUACACCAGAUUACGUUAAUAUGUGUCAAUGUUUAAUAUUUCUUGAUGAUCCACUUGCUGUUGCUGAAUUAUUAGAUCGUUUAAGUCGUGGUUCACAAGAUUGUGUAUUAAUGGCAUAUCAAAUUGCAUUUGAUCUUUAUGAAUCAGCAACACAACAAUUUCUUGGUAGAGUAUUACAAGCAUUGAGAGCAACAGCACCAAUACCAUCAGCUUUAAUGGUUAAACCAAUUGUCAAGCCAACAGUUAAAUCAAAUGAUAAUAAUACAUCAACAACAAAUGAUAAUACAACAACAACAACAACCACAACUACAUCAACUCCAACAACACCAGCAACACCAACAGUAACAACUGUUGAAACAAUUUCAACACCAAUUAAUCAAGAUGCUGUUGAACAAGCUAUUGAACGUAGUGUUGAAAGUUUAACAAAUGAAGAACGUGAACAACAAAAACGUGUUGAUGCAUUAUCAAGUAUAUUAGGUGGUGAAGUGUCAAUUGAUUUACAUUUACAAUUUUUAAUAAGAAGUAAUCAUACUGAUAUGUUAAUAUUAAAAAAUACAAAAGAUGCUAUUAGAGUAUCAAUAUGUCAUACAGCAACUGUUAUUGCAAAUGCAUUUAUGCAUUCUGGCACAACUAGUGAUCAAUUUUUACGUGAUAAUUUAGAAUGGCUUGCACGUGCAACAAAUUGGGCAAAAUUAACAGCAACAGCAUCACUUGGUGUUAUACAUCGUGGUCAUGAACAAGAAGCACUUGCAUUAAUGCAAUCAUAUUUACCACGUGAUACUGGUGCUGGUGCUGGUUAUUCUGAAGGUGGUGGUUUAUAUGCACUUGGUUUAAUUCAUGCUAAUCAUGGUGCAACAAUAACUGAUUAUUUACUUGGACAAUUAAAAGAUGCACAAAAUGAAAUGGUUAGACAUGGUGGUUGUCUUGGUCUUGGUUUAGCUGCAAUGGGAUCACACAGACAAGAUGCAUAUGAACAACUUAAAUUUAAUCUUUAUCAAGAUGAUGCUGUUACUGGUGAAGCUGCUGGUAUUGCUAUGGGAAUGGUUAUGUUGGGAUCAAAAUCAACACAAGCCAUUGAAGACAUGGUUGCUUAUGCUCAAGAAACACAACACGAAAAGAUCCUACGUGGUUUAGCAGUAGGAAUUGCAUUUACAAUGUAUGGUCGUCUUGAAGAGGCUGAUCCUCUUGUAACAUCAUUGUGUGCUGACAAAGAUCCAAUUUUACGUAGAAGUGGAAUGUACACUCUUGCAAUGGCAUAUUGUGGAACUGGAAAUAAUCAAGCUAUUCGAAAGCUUCUUCAUGUUGCUGUAUCUGAUGUUAAUGACGAUGUUCGACGAGCAGCUGUCACUGGUCUUGGAUUUCUUCUUUUUAGAACACCAGAACAAUGUCCAAGUGUUGUAUCAUUGCUUGCUGAAAGUUAUAAUCCACAUGUACGUUAUGGUGCUGCAAUGGCAUUGGGUAUUGCAUGUGCUGGUACUGGUUUAAAAGAAGCAAUAGCAUUACUUGAUCCAAUGACAAAUGAUCCAGUUAAUUUUGUACGUCAAGGUGCACUCAUUGCAUCAGCAAUGAUAUUAAUACAACAAACUGAAACAACAUGUCCACGUGUUAAAGAUUUUCGUGCACUUUAUGCUAAAGUUAUUGUUGAUAAACAUGAAGAUGUUAUGGCUAAAUUUGGUGCAAUAUUAGCACAAGGUAUUAUUGAUGCUGGUGGUAGAAAUGUAACAGUAUCAUUACAAUCAAGAACUGGACAUACAAAUAUGCUUGCGGUUGUUGGUGCACUUGUGUUUACACAAUAUUGGUAUUGGUUUCCAUUGGCACAUUGUCUUGCUCUUGCAUUUACACCAACAUGUUUAAUUGCACUUAAUGCACAACUUAAAAUGCCAAAACUUGAAGUACGUUCAAAUGCAAGACCAAGUAUGUAUGCAUAUCCAGCACCACUUGAAGAAAAAAAACGUGAAGAACGUGAAAAAGUUACAACAGCUGUACUUAGUAUUGCUGCACGUGCUAGACGUCGUGAAUCUGAAAAACGUGCACGUUCACCAAUGAGAUGGAAGUGGAUGGAUGUCGAUCAACCAAGUGGUGGUGAGGGAAAAGAUAGUGAAGCUAAAGAACCAGCAACAUCAUCAUCAUCAUCAUUAUCAUCUGGCACUACAUCAGGUACUAAAGAAAAAGAAGAAAAGAAAAAAGAUAGCAGCAGUACUAGUAGUAGUAAAGAUACUGUUGUUAAAGAAAAAGAAAAAGAUAAAAAAAUAAUCAAAGAUGAGGAUAAAGAAAAAAUUGAAAAAGAUAAAAAAGAAAGUGAACCAAGCUCUGAAAUACUUCAAAAUCCAGCAAGAAUUCUUCGUCAACAACUUAAAGUUGUACAACUUGUUGAUGGUUCUCAAUAUGCACCAGUUAAAGAUAUACAAAUUGGAGGUAUUGUCAUGGUCAAAUAUGUCAAGCCUGAUUCUGAAGAAGAACUCGUUGAGCCUGUAGCUGCAUUCGGGCCAAAACCAGACGAAGAAAAAGAAUCUGAUCCACCAGAACCAUUUGAAUACACUGAGGAUUAAA